AUGGCCUCUCUCGACACUCUGCCUAAUGAGAUCCUCUUCCAAAUCUUGCGUAACUGUUCGCCGCAAGAGCUAUGUCGUCUCAGCUACACAUGUCGAACGAUGGGAGCUAUAGCGAGUGAUUGUUUGUGGUCUGAUAUCGAGUUCCAUGAGGCCGGAUACCAUGAGUCGAGCGCGGAGGUCAGUGAGCCGUCACCUUGGAGAACAACCAGGCGACCAUACAACAGUUCGACGAGAGAUGGCUGGCAGAGCGAUAUCUACAAAAGAGCAGAGAAGUUCUUUAUUUUGCUGCAUAGUCUACAUCGUGAUGAUCGAGCUCGACUGAGACAGCUUGCGAGUCGAGUGAGAAGUCUCUGUACUGUGGUAGAGCAGGGCUGGGGCACUGGCGGAAGAGCGGUUGAGUCUGCAGUAUCGAUAUGGUGUCUUCUCCCCUACUUCACCAACCUCAGAUCCUUGGAGUUCCACGGUGGAUCAAAUAUGUCGCAUGAUGACGACUCUGGUUCUCAGCUCCCCAAUGCGCCUCCUCUAGAGAGUCUUGUGUUCGCAAAGCUUUUCGCCUACAUACCCCGAGAAGUCGCAGCAUACGUCCUUCGGUCCAGCCAAACACUCGAACGCCUCGAGCUCGGAAUGCUAGAUGAUCCAAUGUCCAUUAAUGCUGGCGUUGACCCAGUUGACAACAUGAAUCAUAUUGAAGGACAAAUGAGCUUAGGUGGAGUUAUUCCUCGACCACUGGGUGGCUUUUUGCGUGGCAAUUGCGUAUCAUUCCCAAGGUUGAAGCAUCUGUGCUUAUGUCAACCAUGCAACAGUCGCGGGGAUUACUUUAACCAGAGGAACUUUUGGUCGAAACGAGCAGAGCAAGACAGUAUGGAGUCUUGGAAGAGUAUCAUAUUGGCUUCAAGCCAGACACUGGAGACCCUCGUGAUGGAUCAAAGACCAGGUGCAGGCGUGGAAGAAAACGAAGGGUUUUCAGAGGAAGAGUUUCUCAACACUGGCUUCACGGGCGCAGGCAACAAAGCUCUUGGUGAAGCAUUUGGAAACAUAAUCAGCAGCGAUACAGCCCUUCCCAGUCUGAAGCAGGUGUAUCUGUAUGGGUUCAUUGUCAAAUCUCGACUUCGCAGGGGACUGUCCGAAACACCUGCAGACAGACUUUUAAAUGCACUGGAAAGUCGAGGGGUGAAAUGCGAAGCGCGAAGAGGAAAGUGGUGUCUUUUUGACCAAGAUACGGGAACGACUUCAUGGGCGAAAUGGGACGGGGAUGGGUGUUCUAAUCUUCAUGAUGUGUAUAUGGGAGUCAGAUGGUAUACUCUUUUGACCAAGGUAUAA